ACCCGUCAGCACACGUAAACAGCUUUUCAAACAAAAAGCUUACCCUCUUGUUGUUGUUGUUGUCCAUCUUUGAUGACGCGGUAGUCGGGAACGGCAGAUUGAGCACCGAUCUGGCCCGCAUCUGCGGGGGGAUCGCGGAGCCACAACAAGGGACCAAAGAAAAAGUGGGGAGCCAGAAGAGAAUGGAGAGGAAGGUGACGACAGCGGCGGUUCCGACGAUCGCAGCGGCUGUCGCGCCUUUGGAGAGCUUGUUGAGUUUGAGCGAAGGAGCACCCUUAUACACUACCCACAACGUCAGUAGGGCGAUGGAUGAUAAAGUCAAGAGACUCACCAAUGGACAUGGUCAAGACGGCGGUGGUGGUAAAGAAAAAGACGGGAGAGGCCCACAGACCUGCACGAGCAGGGUUUUCACGGACGAGGACAAUGUAUUUGGUGAGGAGCGUCUACUCACCGAUGAUGAAACCGGCAAAGAUGGUGGCAAGACCUUUACCGCCGUUCCAUCCCCAGUUGACGGCGUCCUUGCCACCGACGGCGACACCGACACCAGCAAGGGCAGAUACGAUCGA